GCACUUCAAGCUCGCAAAAUGUCUACAGAGUUUGACGAUGUGCUAACAAACCAGCCUGUCGUCAUUGACAAUGGCUCGGGCACCAUAAAAGCAGGCUUUGCUGGCCAAGACCAUCCAAAAUGCUUCUUUCCGUCAUUUGUCGGCCGACCGAAACACGUACGCGUUAUGGCUGGUGCGUUGGAGGGCGACACCUUCAUUGGUCGGAAGGCACAAGAGUUUCGUGGAUUGCUGAAGAUCAAAUAUCCUAUGGAACACGGUAUUGUAACUGAUUGGGAUGACAUGGAACGUAUAUGGAAUUGGGUGUACACGGAGGAGCUAGGAACGCUUAGUGAAGAGCACCCUGUACUCUUAACUGAAGCUCCUCUCAAUCCACGAGCCAAUCGGGACAUUGCCGCACAGAUAUUCUUCGACACUUUUAACGUUCCUGCUCUGUUCUCUUCCGUCCAGGCAGUUCUAUCUUUAUACUCUUCUGGCCGAACAACUGGCAUAGUACUCGACUCAGGCGACGGCGUAACACACGCAGUCCCAGUAUUCGAAGGUUUCUCGAUGCCACACGCGAUUCGCCGAGUAGACAUCGCAGGACGAGAUGUCACAGACCACCUACAACUCCUUCUCCGCAAAGCAGGUCGACACUUCCAUACAUCCGCUGAAUUCGAAGUCGUACGCACGAUCAAGGAGCGUUGUUGUUACGUCGCAGCCAACCCUUCAAAGGAGGAGAAAGACACUGCUGGACGGACAGAGGAGUUCCACCUCCCCGACGGGACUGCAAUACAACUUGGCUCGGAACGCUUUCGUGCUCCUGAGAUACUGUUCAAUCCCGAACUUAUUGGUCAGGAAUAUGCGGGUGUACACCAGGUGGUUGUUGACUCUAUAAACCGUGUGGACCUUGAUCUUCGGAAGAGUCUCUUCUCAAAUAUCGUACUUAGUGGUGGAAGCACCUUAUGCAAAGGCUUUGGCGACCGAUUACUGAACGAGGUGAAACGACUGGCCGUCAAGGACGUGAAAAUCAAGAUCUACGCGCCCCCAGAACGAAAAUACUCUACUUGGAUAGGCGGAUCGAUUCUAGCAGGUUUGAACACGUUUAAAAAGAUGUGGGUUUCUGCAGAAGAGUAUCAAGAAGACCCGGAAAUCAUCCACAAGAAGGCCGGGUUCUGAUUUUUUUCUCCUAUAGAUUCUUCUACUAUUCUGUUUAUGCGCAGGGCUUCUUCAUUUGUCUUCAAGUCAAUAUUUUCUCGGUAAUACCCAUUGCCCACCUGUAUCAGCUAGUGAUCUUAAUACCAGUAUUCACU